AGAUGUGAUAGUGCAAGAAAAUUCUGCUCACACAGAGAAGGAGCAGCUGAUGAGCCAAGAAUCUGAGGACAGCUACGGCUGUGUCUCUUCCCCGCUUGCUUCCUUUCCAGGAAGAGCUGGAGGGUGGGGAAUUCCUGAGAAUGGGCUGAGGGGCCUGGCCCCGAGAGGAAGUGGUGGGAAUAUCAGGGACUGACUCUAUCUUGGUCACCUAAGUUUCACUAAAUAGCCUUUCCCAGGAAGAGAUCUUCAGGUUACGGGACUAGGGCACCAGCCCAGAAGGAGAAACGGAGGCAGACCUCCCCUCCCAAGAGGGUCAUUGCCACAUGAGACCCAAGGGAGCUGCACAGGCAGCCUCAGCCCCUCCUACUGUUCCUAGGUGCUAAUCCCUGCACGGACCACUGGAAAGAGGAUUGGCUGAGUGGCUUGGAGAGGGGGCGUCGCCACUACCUUCCCCAAGGGUUAAAUAGGGGCGCAGACAAGAUGCUCGGAAGCGCUGUAUUUCCCCGAACCAGACCAUGACCCAGACCCUCAAGCUCGCCUCCAGGGUGUUGCAUCGUGCCCGCUGUGUUUUUGAGCUGGGCGCCUCACUGGGCUCCAGAGGCUCCGGCUCAGCGCCUCGGGGCUUGGCAGACAUCCCAGGCCCCUCCACGCUGGGUUUUCUGGCCGAACUUUUCUGCAAGGGAGGGCUGUCGCGCCUACACGAGCUGCAGGUAGAUUGGGACUCUGUUCCUGGGACUCCCGCGCUGGGGACACAGACUAGUGCAGAUCGUAGGAGGGAAGGCCAGUGAGGACGGAUGCGCAUGAAUUACAGAAAGACUAGUUGGGACUUGGGGCUUUGGCUCAAGCAGCACGGAGUCCAUCCCGACACCCAGCAGAGGAGUGCAUUCAGAAAGCGCCUUCUCCUCGCAGUGCGGAAGUCUGGAAGCCCGGUGCAGGGCGCUGCGCGCUUCGGUCCUGUGUGGUUGGCCAGCUUCGGGAAGGUGCGCACGGUGUACGUGGCGGCCCCUGCACUCAUCGAGCAGCUGCUGCGACAGGAGGGGCCCAGGCCCGAGCGCUGCAGCUUCUCACCGUGGGCUGAGCACCGGCGCCAGCGCCAGCGGGCUUGCGGACUGCUCACGGCGGAAGGCGAAGAAUGGCAGAGGCUCCGCAGCCUCCUGGCCCCGCUCCUCCUUCGGCCUCAAGCAGCUGCCCGCUACGCCAGGACCCUGGACGACGUGGUCCUUGACCUGGUGCGGCGACUGCGGCGCCAGCGGGGACGUGGUACUGGGUCGCCCGCCCUGGUUCGCGAUGUAGCCGGAGAGUUUUACAAAUUUGGACUAGAAGGCAUAGCAGCUGUGCUGCUGGGUUCGCGCCUGGGCUGCCUGGAGACAGAAGUGCCUCCGGACACCGAGACCUUCAUCCGGGCAGUGGGGUCUGUGUUUGUGUCCACGCUGUUGACCAUGGCGAUGCCCAACUGGCUGCACCGCCUGGUGCCGGGACCCUGGGGCCGCCUCUGCCAAGACUGGGACCAGAUGUUUGCAUUUGCCCAGAAGCACGUGGAGCGGCGAGAGGCCGAGGUAGCCAUGAGGAGCCAGGGAAGGCCUGAGGAGGACAUGGAAUCGGGGGCGCACCUGACCCACUUCCUGUUCCAGGAAGAGUUGCCUGCCCCGUCCAUCCUGGGGAAUGUGACGGAGCUGCUGCUGGCCGGAGUGGACACGGUGUCCAACACGCUCUCCUGGGCUUUAUAUGAACUCUCUCGGCACCCCGAAGUCCAGACGGCUCUCCACUCCGAGAUCACAGCUGCCUUGGCGAGGGGGUCCAAUGCCCACUCCUCAGCCACUGUUCUGUCCCAGCUGCCCCUGCUGAAGGCUGUCCUCAAGGAAGUGCUAAGGCUGUACCCCGUAGUACCUGGAAAUUCCCGUGUUCCAGAUAAAGACAUUCGUGUAGGUGAUUACAUCAUCCCCAGAAAUACGCUGGUCACUCUGUGUCACUAUGCCACUUCAAGGGACCCUGCCCAGUUCCCAGAGCCAAAUACUUUUCGCCCAGCGCGCUGGCUGGGGGAAGGUCCAGCCCCCCACCCAUUUGCCUGUCUUCCCUUUGGCUUCGGCAAGCGCAGCUGCAUGGGGAGACGCCUGGCAGAGCUUGAGCUGCAAAUGGCUUUGGCCCAGAUCUUGACCCACUUUGAGGUACAGCCUGAACCAGGUGCUGCCCCAGUCAGACCCAUGACCCGGACUGUCCUGGUACCUGAGAGGAGCAUCAACCUACAGUUUGUGGACAGAUAGUCCUGUGGAAGGAGGCUGUUACCACCUUUUCUCUCAUCAUAGGGGUUUAUUAGGCACAAGACCAAGAGAUGUGUAUUUCCCCUGAGACCUGUCUAUCUCAUCACACUAGUCAGAAUGAUCAUAGCAAAAGGUUUGAGGCAGUCCUGGCCAAGGUGUGAAGUAUGCAUUUGGCCUGACCCAGCAGGCCCGGAGAAAACCACAGUCCCUCUGCUGCUCAGCCCUUUUCCUGAUCAUAUCAUAUGCAUCCUUCAAGGGCCAACUCAGACUUUUAACUAAUAAUGCUGGGUGACCUGAGGAAGAAUUCCACCACCGCCCUUUGGGGGCUCCACAGUGUUCAUUGAUGCUGCUGACUAAGCUCUUUACAUGACAUGAGCUAAGUAAUUGUGCAUCUGGUCUGCACCUGGUUGGUCUUCCUUGCAUGUGAGCUCUUUGAGAGGAAGGAUGAGGCCUUAUUCAGUGUGUAUACCCCUGCCAGGGCCUGUCCCUGGGUGACACGCAAAAUCUCAGAUUGAAUCUGGACCAUGUGGCAGAAGCGGGGAGCAGCUUACCAGGCUCUGCCUACCCCGUUCUUUCCUCACCUUGCCCCUAGAAAGGUGAGUCUGCCCUUGCCUGGUUUAUGAUUUUUUAAAAACGAUCCUUGCCUCUCUGGUCACUAUUGAGUUGGCUUGACUUAGUUCCUAGACAGAGACAUCUCUGCACCUAUCCUUGUAUAUGCCUUCUUUUUACAUAUUGAUAUUUUUAAAUAUUCAUAGUUUUGAAAUAAAAAACAUUUGAAUGUUC